AUGGAGUCGACGAUUCAUCCAGCAUCGCGAGCACGGGAGCAGCAGCGUUUAGCAUUCAUGAGCCUGGUCGCACCCAACGCGGACGAGGCCUUCGUUGUCGCCACCAUGCAAGACAGGUAUAAACGUUCAGUGACCCUCGCUGUCGGUAUCGCUAUUCUCUGCGUGGGCAUUGGCAUCGGGGUACUCGUCGGUCAUUUCUCGGCACCAAGCCAUGGGGUGGGAGGAGGAGGAGGGGUAAUAGGAGAUGGUGGUGGUGGUGGUAGAGGUAGUGACAGGGUGAAGUUUUCUUAUUCGAAUUUCGAGGCGCGUGAAGCGGACGAGACGAUCGCAGACCGAUUGAUGAACGAGAUGAGUGCGGAGAGAAUACGGGAUAAUCUCAGACAUUACGCCAGUAAACCACACGUAGCAGGUACACCAGCUGACCUAGAAGGUGCCCAGGAUAUCAUGAAGACAUGGUUAGACCAAGGCCUGGACUCAGCUAGAUUGGUUCCAUACAAGGUCUACCUACAGCAUCCACCGUCACCAGAUGAUGAACUUGCCAAUAAGGUUCAGAUAAUCAACCCUAUCAAUGGUAGUGUAAUGUUUACCUCAUCUCUCCGAGAGGAUUCAUUCGAUGAAGAAGAGUUAGAACAAGAGGGUAUCCCUCCUCCAUUCAACGCAUACUCAGCUACUGGUGACGUCACGGGAGACCUUGUGUAUGUCAAUUAUGGAAGGCUUGAAGACUACGAAUAUCUUCAGAAUCUUACCACAAAUAUCAACUUCAAGGGAAAGAUACUCAUCGCAAAAUACGGCAUGACAGGGAGAAAUACCAAGGUUGUAAAUGCUGAGAAGUUUGGAGCUGCUGGUCUGAUUCUCUUCUCUGAUCCUAGAGAUCUACCUACCUAUGGCUUACCUCAUAACGGUAUACCCUAUCCUAAAGGAUCAUUUCUACCCAGGACGGCUGCACAGAGAGGCUCGAUCCUUAAAGAUAUCGGUGAUCCUCUGACUCCUGGCUACCCCGCUAAAGAUUUUGCAUACAGAUUAGAGUUAAAUGACACUUCAAUACCAAAGAUUCCAGUACAUCCAAUUGGAUUCGAAGACGCAGAAAAGCUUUUAAGGAAAGUGAGAUUGGUUGUAAACUCCAUAUCUGCUCAUCAUUUUACAUACAAUACUGUAGGGUUUAUCAGAGGGGACAUUGAGCCAGAUCGUUACGUCAUCGUAGGUAAUCAUCGAGAUGCAUGGGCUCUUGGAGCAGUUGAUCCUACCAGUGGAACGGCUACCCUCAUGGAAGUAUCAAGGGCGUUUGGAAAAUUAAAGCAAGAAGGAUGGAGACCACGAAGAACAAUAAUAUUCUGUUCAUUUGCUGCUGAGGAAUACGGGUUGAUUGGCUCCAUUGAAUGGACAGAGGAAUUCAAUCAUCUAUUAGCCGAUCGCACGAUAGCAUAUCUAAAUUUGGAUAUAGCCGUUGCAGGUAAUUAUGUAUUGUGGACAUCGGCUUCACCUCAUUUAAGACCGGUGGUUUAUGCUGCCGCCAAAAAGAUUCCAGAUCCUGAUAAUAAUGAUAGAUCUCUCUAUGAUACCAUGGUUGAACGAAAACCAGAUGAUCUAGAACCACAUAGACCACAUGUGAGGAGAUCAGCAGGAGCGAGUGAUCAUCGUGGUUUUAUCAUGAGAUUAGGAGUACCAUUUAUCAUGAUCUUUUAUGGAACAAUAAAUGGAAGCUUCUACUCGUUAUACCAUACGUCAUACGAAACCAUCCGAUUAGUCGAGGAAUACAUCGAUCCAGACUACUCCCAUCAUCUCGCAACAACCCGAGUAUUUGCCGAGAUGACCCGAAUACUAGCCGAUUCAUUGGUGUUACCAUUCGACGUACAUCGUUAUUCGGUAGAACUGCUUUCUAUGUGGAUCGAUCUAAAUUUUAGCGAAGCAUCGGUAGAUCUUCUGGACCACGGGAUAUCACUCGAACGUUUAAAGGAAGCCGUAUACGAUUUCAUGGGAAAUUGUACAGAAUUCCAGGAAAGAGUUAGCAACGUUAAUAAAAGCAGCCCGUCAGCAGUAAGACAGAUUAAUGAUCAGAUGAUGCAGUUAGAGAAGGCAUUUAUCAAGGAGCUACCUGACAAUAGACUUGAUAGACACGUCUUAUUCUCACCAAGAUUUACGGAAUACGACGCCAGAGUUGGGCCUUUUCCAGGCAUUGCUGAUGCGUUACAUAAGAUCUUACAAGACUCCAACCAAGAGAGACGCUGGAAAAUAGUAGCCCAACAAGUCGCCAUUUUGACGCAUGCGAUUGAGGCAGCUACCGCUGUUCUCAAAGAUGUGACAUCA